UAGCUUCCUCGCAGAUGAAUGUAAGCAUCGUUGCCACUCCUCCUGUAGGAAGGGUGAAGCCCGCAGAGAUCAAGCCGGCUAGCUGAACUCGGCUAAAACUAUGGCUGUAAACCUCAGUAAAAAUGGACCUGCAUUAACAGCUGCCUAUAAAGAAGUGGUAGAUGAAAAAUCCGACACGAACUGGACCCUGUUCACCUACGAGGGAAACAGUAAUGACAUCCGCCUGGCAGAAAAAGGAGAUGGAGGAUUGGAGGAGCUGGUUGAGGAGCUUAACAGUGGAAAAGUGAUGUACGCCUUCUGCCGCGUCCAGGAUCCCAAUUCUGGCCUGCCUAAAUAUGUUCUAAUCAACUGGACUGGAGAGGGUGUAAAAGACGCCAGGAAGGGAUUAUGUGCAAAUCAUGUCAGCGCCAUAGCCAAUUUCCUUAAGGGAGCCCAUGUCACCAUCAAUGCCAGAGCAGAUGAGGAUGUGGAACCUGAGGCGAUCAUGCAGAAGGUGGCCAAAGCUUCAGGAGCUAACUACAGCUUCCACAAAGAAGCCUCCAGUCGUUUUCAGGACAGCGGUCCUCAGGGGCCUGUGGGUUCAGUUUACCAGAAAACCAACGCUAUGUCAGAAAUCAGGAAGACCAAUAAAGACACCUUCUGGGCACAGGCAGAGAAAGAAGAGGAGAGACGUCGCCAGGAGGAGCGUCGCAGGGCUGAGGAGGAGCGUCAAAAGCUGGAAAGGGAGAGGAAGGACAGAGAGACCAAGGAGGCAGUGCUGAGGGAGAAUAGGGACAAGGAGAGAGCUUCUCAAAUUGAUCAGCAAAAGAAAUAUCAGCAGCAGCAGGAGGCUGAAAGCAAAGAGCACGAAAAACAACGCUGGGAGGACCAACAGCAGAAGGAUGCAGCUCAAGCGAAAGCAGUCAGGAGAGGUGAAUCUGUGGAAAAAGCCAAUGACGCAGCUUCGCUCAUCUCUCAGCGUGCUGUGAACCCCAGAGAGAUGUUCAAGCAGAGGGAGCGAGGAAUAACGCCCAGUGACUCAGACGCGCCCUCUGCUGCCCCUGAUAGCCCUCAGCCAGGGCGACUUCAAAGCCCUUUUCUGUCUAAGCAAGUGUACGAAUCUGAGCGAGCCAGCUCCCCUCCUCGCCAAGCUUCUCCUUCUCCUGUGGCAGCAGGGGCCACCUCGGUUGUUCGUGCCACAGAACCGGAUUUGAAUGAUGAGCAGUCCACAUUUGAGAAUGAUGAGCAGGAGACUCCUCCCAAGGAACAAAAGAAAGAGGAGGCACCAUCUGCUAACACAAAUGUUGAAGAAACACCUUAUCAAGAGCCUGCCCAGGUGGAGGAGAGUAACUCCUACGAAAUGACUGUAGAGGAAACAUCAGACAAAGGCAUCUGUGCCAGAGCAUUGUAUGACUAUCAGGCUGCCGACGACACAGAGAUCUCUUUCGACCCAGACGAAAUAAUCACCGGAAUCGAAAUGAUCGACGAAGGCUGGUGGCGAGGAUUUGGUCCAGAUGGGCACUUCGGGAUGUUCCCGGCAAAUUACGUGGAGCUCAUGUAGCCCAGCGGAUCAGCAGGGUUGAUCUCAGAGGACUUUUGCAGUAAAAAUCGACACACAGCAAAGUCAGUGCUCACACACUCUAGAUCAGACUGAAAAUGAACAAAACGAGUCUCCACAUCCCGGACCAAUGAGCAACCUGCCUUUAUUUCAAGAACACAGUUCAAUUUAAUUAUUGAUGCUGUAAGCAGCCGAUGGCAUAGUUUAUGGAUUUGUGAAGACCCAUAGACCUGCCCUCGAGAAAAGAAGUGUAUUUAUUUGUCAAUGUGAUGCAGUACAACAUCGAUUUUUAGGUCUUAAUUUCAGGUACAAGCAUAAAUAAUGACACUUCUAGUUCACAUUCCUUUGAAAGUUGCUUCAGUUUGAUUUUGGGUAUAUUUGAUGUAGCUGUAGCAUUUUUUUUCUACAUGAUACGGCCUAAUUUUUAUGCCUUGUUUUUGCCUUCUUAUACCGGCAGACUGAAUCAUCCUUUUUUUAUCCUGUGUAUUUUUUUCUUGUUUGUUUAUUUUUCUGACAGUGGUGGAAGUGAAUAUUUAAACCCAACAAAUGAUGUUUGCGGUGCUCUGACUUGUUGAUUUCAGUAGGGUCAGUGCACAAAACUGUUAAGUUCCCUUUUUUUUUUCAACUGUGAGUAAAUAGCAGUUUUCAUUUCAAGUCCUUCCUCAUUUCUGGCCGCAUAAUUUCAACAUGUGUAACUUUUCAGGGAAAAGCUGGAGAAGAACAUAAAAGUCAGCAUUUAUUUCUGCUUUCAUGGAUCCUCAAUGGGCUGAAGUUGAAUUUGAGUGCACAACAGAUGGUAAUGUGCCAUUAAAAAGGGUUGCGAGUGCAAUGGUUAGUGUCAUUUUCAUCAAAAACAUUUCAUCAUGCUUUACAACAGACUAUAUGCAAAUCCAUUCUGUUUUUAAUCAUGCAAAAAAAAAAAGCUUCGAUGUCAGUUGAUUUAAAAAAAAAUCCAUUGAUCAUGCAUAGAAAAGGGCAUUGUGUUGAUGCUUUAUUCAUGUUUGGUUUUUCACUGUAAUGUAAUGCAGAGAUUCUUGAUAAUAAAAGAAGUAACCAAG